AUGAAAAGCGGAGAUAAAUCAACCCAAAAAGAGGGCAUGGGAUUUGGAAAUAGUGUUCUGACGAUGCGUUGUCUUAAGGUGGAAAAUAUUUCCAACGGUCGCAGAUACGAGACUUGGAGCAACAAUUGGAAAGUGAGAGUUUUCAUUGGCUGCACUGUUUGAGAAAUAAUGUUGCGCGUGGACACCGACAGACAAUGUGUCAGAUUAUUGUUUGAACGUCUAGUAGAUGGCUAUAGUCUAAUGUAACCCGGAAACACUCUUCACGCAACUUUGAUACCGAAGUUACUUUUUCGUAGCAGGUUAGGAGACUGAGGUGAAGGUUAUGAAAAGGGUUUGCGAAAAUGCUCUCCUAACUUGCUACGAAAAUCACUGUAUCGAAGUGGUGUGAAAAUAAUUUGUCCCUAAUGUAACCAGGUAGGGUAGGCAAAAAGACAACCCAUCAUAGCCAUUACGCAAACUGCACGUAACGUGCGUAAAAGAGGCAAUUAAUCAUUAAUGCAAAUCAUCAAAAUAUUUGUUAUUGAUAAAAUACUGCCCAUUAGUACGAAAUCAACCAUAAAAAUAUAAAACUCUAUCCUUUGAAUUCCAUGAUUUGAAUUCCCCCCUAUUUAAAUGGCAUCCUAUUUUCUUAACAGCUUUGCAGAUAUCAGCACAAAUGUGAUGAGUUGUAGGUGCAACACAAGGACUUCUCCUCUCAGUACUUUACUGUUGAGAAGGACAUAGCGCUCUACCAGAAGUGCUUGCUGGCCCAGAAGGAGGAUGAGCUCACAGACCUGUCAGAGCAACUGGUGGGACAGCAUCAGGCCAAGGACGCUGAGAAGGACUCCUUUGAGCUGCAGCUCAGUCAACUCCGCCAAGAGUUCCAGGAGAACAAGGACAAGCUCACCUUAGAGAACAUGGUUCCUGGUAAGAUAAAGAACCUCGAUACCACAGCAUCCCAUCCACAUGAUCCACCACCAGGCUUUUAUUUAAAUCCAGCUCCAACAUACCUGAUCCUGUGGUUUGAAUUCAAGAUUAUUAUACGUUGAUAAUUUUAUUUUAUUACUCCUCUCUCCAUCCCAAUGCAGCGGGUAAGCUGGCAGCUCCGGAGGAGUCCCGUGUGCAGAAGGAGGAGCUGAUGGCCCACCUGAAGAGCCUGGAGGAGCAGCUGAAGCAGAGACAGGAGCACCACACAGUCAACUACAGCCUAGAGAGGAAGGCCGUGCUGGACAACGACAGAUCAAUGCCAUAUGUACACUGAGUGUACAAAACAUUAAGAACACCUGCUCUUUCCAUGACAGACUGACCAGGUGAAUCCAGGUGAAAGCCAUGAUACCUUAUUGAUGUCACUUGUUAAAUCCACUUCAAUCAGUCUAGAUGAAGGGGAGGAGACAGGUUAAAGAAGGAUUGUUAAGCCUUGAGACAAUUGAGACAUGGAUUGUGUAUGUGUGCCAUUUAGAGGGUGAAUGGGCAAGACAAAAAAUGCCUUUGAAUGGGGUAUGGUAUUAGGUGCCAGGCGAACCGGUUUGUGUCACGAACUGCGACGCUGCAGUUUUUUUCACACUCAACAGUUUUGUAUCAAGAAUGGUCCACCACCCAAAGGAUAUCCAGCCAACUUGACACAACUGUGGGAAGCAUUGGAGUCAACAUGGGCCAGAAUCCCCGUGGAACGCUUUCAACUCCUUGUAGAGUCAAUGCCCCAACGAAUUGAGGCUGUUCUGAGGGCAAAAGGGACGGGGGGUGCAACUCAAUAUUAGGAAGGUGUUCGUAAUAAUUGGUAUACUUUGUGUAUAUACCCUGUAUUAUUGGGUCACUGCUGCUCAAAACCUUCCUUCUCUCUGCAUCUAAACAUAUUUUCACUCCAAACAUAUUUUUGCCAUAAAAUCAUUCAUUGACAGAAAGGGAGGGGGUCCCAUACAGCAGUAACUACAGUGGCAGCCUUUAAAAACAACAUCAAUAUAAAACGUGUAUGUUCCAACCAGGGACACUAACUCCUGCUCUCCUCCCUCCCUGUGCCCUCUAGACUAGAGUUUCCCAAACUCUGUCCUGGGGCCCUCCCCUGGGUGCAUGUUUAGUUUAUUGCCCUAGCACUACACAGCUGAUUCAAAUAACCAACUCAUCAUCACGCUUUGAUUAUUUUGAAUCUGCUGUGUAGUGCUAGGGCAAAAACCAAAACGUGCACCCAGAAGGGGCCCAGGACCGAGUUUGGGAAACCCUGCUCUAGACUAAAGAAGGAGAUGUAGCAGCACAUGGCGGCGGUGGCAGCCGAGUUCCGGCACGUGUCGGACAGGAAGAUGCCAGAGACGACCAUGAGGGCCAUCCAUGAGAAUGUGUCUGUGAUCGCUCAGCCAGCUGUCGGACAAGAGCAAGCAGCUGCUCGAGGAGAACAAGGACCUGAAAGAGAGAGAGAAACUGAUCAACAGAGAACUGGAGAACCUUGAGCCCCUGUUCAACAAGGUGACCCGCAAGAGCCUCGGCAACAAGAAGAGGUGUGGGUGUGUGUGAGAGAGAAAGUGCAUGAUUUCGGUGUAUCGACACCUCCACAUAAUGACAGGGCCUGUUUGACCGCUGACUAGUUACCUUCCUCUCUUCUAAUCUUCUCUCUUCAUCAGGUUUUCCAUCAGCUCACAAAGUGUAAGCAGAAGCAGGCUGAGCUGGAGGAGUAUGCCAGGGCUCAGGAGGAACAUCAACAACUGCAGAGAUCCAUGCCCGAAGGUUUGAUGAUUCCAUUCAGAAUUAAAAUAGACUCCAGAGUUCAAAUGUAUUAAAAAAAACCCGGAAAUAUCACAUUUACAUCAGUAUUUAGACCCUUUACUCAGUACUUUGUUGAAGCACCUUUGGCAGCGAUUACAGCCUCGAGUCUACUUGGGUAUGACACUACAAGCUUGGCACACCUGUAUUUGGGGAGUUUCUCCCAUUCUUCUCUGCAGAUCCCCUCAAGCUCUGUCAGUUGGAUGGGGAGCGUCGCUGCACAGCUAUUUUCAGGUCUCUCCAGAGAUGUUUGAUCGGGUUCAAGUCCGGGCUCUGGCUGGGCCACUCAAGGACAUUCCGAGACUUGUCCCGAAGCCACUCCUGUGUUGUCUUGGCUGUGUGCUUAGGGUGAUUGUCCUGUUGGAAGGUGAACCUUCGCCCCAGUCUGAGAUCCUGAGCGCUCUGGAGCAGGUUUUCAUCAAGGAUCUCUCUGUACUUUGCUCCGUUCAUCUUUCCCUCGAUCCUGACUAGUCUCCCCGUCCCUGCCGCUGAAAGAAAUCCCAACAGCAUGAUGCUGCCACCACCAUGCUUCACCGUAGGGAUGGUGCCAGGUUUCCUCCUGACAUGACUCUUGGCAUUAAGGCCAAAGAUUUCAAUCUUGGUUUCAUCAGACUGAGAGUCCUUUAGGUGCCUUUUGGCAAACUUUUAAUGAGGAGUCUGUCUGGCCACUCUACCAUAAAGGCCUGAUUGGUGGAGUGCUACAGAGAUGGUUGUCCUUCUGGAAGGUUCUCCCAUCUCCACAGAGGAACUCUGGAGCUCUGUCAGAGUGACCAUCGGGUUCUUGGUCACCUCCCUGACCAAGGCCCUUCUCCCCCGAUUGCUCAGUUUGGCCGGGCGGCCAGCUCUAGGAAGAGUCUUGGUGGUUCCAAACUUCUUCCAUUAAAGAAUGAUGGAGGCCACUGUGUUCUUGGGACCUUCAAUGCUGCAGAAUUAUUUUGUGUGUAGAUUGCUGAGGGGAAAAAAGUAUUUAAUCCAUUUUAGAAUAUGGCUGUAACGUAACAAAAUGUGGAGAAAGUCAAGGGGUCCGAAUACUUUCCGAAAGCACUGUACAUGCUCCAGAUCAUCAUGGCUUCUUGGUCCUCUUCUCAAGGCCACCACCCACCUGUCUCACUUCAAGACAGGAGUCCUGGGCCUUGUACCGCGUUGGACACCCAACUACAACCACAUCCUGUCCAAGAUCAUCCGCCUUCAACUUCACAGGUGAUUGAGCUGCAUUUUAUGCUGCUGUUUUCAUGCUUGUCAAAAAUAUUCUUUUGAUUAGUAAAUGCAAUAAAUGUCCUCAGUGUAUAUUGUAGCUUAGUUACAGAGAUACUGAAUGGGUGAUUUUUGUUGUAUUAUAUUAAAGAGAUCGGAAGUAUAUAAAAAAAAAAGUGGUGUAUUUUGUAAUGUAAAUUUUGUUUUAAUAGAUCAGAUUUGUGUCAAUGUCUUGUUAACCGUAGCCUCUCUGUUCGUCGGGAAACCCCCACCGCCCUAGAAGAGGACUAGUCCAUCCAAACCCUCUGGUCCAGAGUGCCUGGCUCCUCUGCUGGGUGACCCUCCCAGAGGGAGCUUGUUUUCCCCCCACAGACCCUCCCCAACCAGGGGUAGCCCCGCUGAACCCAUCCUCAGAUAGGCAGGGCUAG